CGGCUGUUAACGCGCGCUUUGGGAAGAGGAAGGAUGGGGGAGAGCAGUGUCUUUAUACGUGCCCUGCUCCUGCAUUCUCUACUGCUGAAUGCUUUGGACUUUUGGCCCAUGGGUACUUAACAUAUUAAGCUCCUGGGGCCAGGAUGAGGAAGAGCUUAGCUCCCAGCCAACUGGCCAAGAGAAAACCAGAGGGCAGGUCCUCUGAUGAUGAAGAUUGGCAACCUGGGACAGUGACACCUAAGAAACGGAAAUCCAGCAGUGAUACCCAGAUUGAACAGUGUUUCCUGUCUCCUUUUCGGAAACCUUUAACUCAGCUAAUCAAUCGACCACCCUGUCUGGAUAGCAGUCAACAUGAAGCGUUUAUUCGAAGCAUUUUGUCAAAGCCUUUUAAAGUUCCCAUUCCAAAUUAUCAAGGUCCUCUGGGCUCUCGAGCAUUGGGCCUGAAAAGAGCUGGGGUCCGCCGGGCCCUCCAUGACCCCUUGGAAGAAGGUGCCUUGGUUCUGUAUGAGCCUCCCCCACUGAGUGCCCAUGACCAGCUGAAGCUGGACAAGGAAAAGCUCCCUGUCCAUGUGGUUGUUGAUCCUAUUCUUAGUAAGGUUCUGCGGCCUCAUCAGAGAGAGGGAGUGAAGUUCCUGUGGGAAUGUGUCACCAGUCGCCGCAUUCCUGGCAGUUAUGGUUGCAUUAUGGCUGAUGAGAUGGGCCUGGGAAAGACACUGCAGUGCAUUGCAUUGAUGUGGACACUUUUGCGCCAGAGUCCAGAGUGCAAACCAGAAAUUGACAAAGCAGUUGUCGUAUCACCCUCCAGCCUUGUGAAGAGCUGGUACAAUGAAGUCGGGAAGUGGCUUGGAGGAAGGAUCCAACCUCUGGCUAUUGAUGGAGGAUCCAAGAAUGAAAUAGACCAAAAGCUGGAAGGAUUCAUGAACCAACGUGGAGCCAGAGUGCCUUCUCCCAUCCUCAUCAUUUCCUAUGAGACCUUCCGCCUUCAUGUUGGAGUCCUUCAGAAAGGAAGUGUUGGGCUGGUCAUAUGUGAUGAGGGACACAGGCUCAAGAACUCUGAGAAUCAGACUUAUCAGGCCCUGGACAGCUUGAACACCAGCCGGAGAGUGCUCAUAUCUGGGACUCCCAUCCAGAAUGAUCUGCUUGAAUAUUUCAGCUUGGUUCAUUUUGUUAACUCAGGCAUCUUGGGGACUGCCCAGGAGUUCAAGAAGCAUUUUGAGUUACCAAUUUUGAAGAGUCGAGAUGCAGCUGCCAGUGAGGCAGAUAGGCAGCUAGGGGAGGGGCGACUGCAGGAGCUCAUUAGCAUUGUGAACAGGUGUCUGAUACGGAGGACAUCUGAUAUCCUUUCUAAAUAUCUGCCUGUGAAGAUUGAGCAGGUGGUUUGUUGCAGGCUUACACCCCUUCAGACUGAGUUAUACAAGAGGUUUCUGAGACAAGCCAAGCCAGCAGAAGAAUUGCAUGAAGGCAAGAUGAGCGUAUCUUCCCUUUCUUCCAUCACAUCACUAAAGAAGCUUUGCAAUCAUCCAGCUCUAAUUUAUGAAAAGUGUGUAGAAGAGGAGGAUGGCUUUGAGGGUGGCUCGGACAUCUUUCCCCCUGGUUAUAGUUCUAAGGCUCUAGAGCCACAGCUGUCAGGUAAGAUGUUGGUCCUUGAUUAUAUUCUGGCGGUGACCCGAAGUUGCAGCAGUGACAAAGUGGUGCUGGUGUCCAAUUACACCCAGACAUUGGAUCUCUUUGAGAAGCUCUGCCGAGCCCGAAGGUAUUUAUAUGUCCGUCUGGAUGGCACGAUGUCCAUUAAGAAGCGAGCCAAAGUUGUGGAACGUUUCAAUAGUCCAUCGAGCCCUGAUUUUGUCUUCAUGCUGAGCAGCAAAGCUGGGGGCUGUGGCCUCAACCUUAUUGGAGCCAAUCGGCUGGUCAUGUUUGACCCUGACUGGAACCCAGCAAAUGAUGAACAAGCUAUGGCUCGGGUUUGGCGUGAUGGUCAAAAGAAGACCUGCUAUAUCUAUCGCCUGCUGUCUGCAGGAACCAUCGAGGAGAAGAUCUUCCAGCGGCAGAGCCACAAGAAGGCGCUAAGUAGCUGUGUGGUGGACGAGGAGCAGGAUGUGGAGCGGCACUUCUCUCUGGGUGAGCUGAAGGAGCUGUUUACCCUGGAUGAAGCUAGCCUUAGUGACACACAUGACAGGCUACAGUGCCGCCGAUGUGUUAACAGCCGUCAGGUCCGGCCACCCCCUGAUGGUUCUGACUGUACUUCAGACCUGGCUCAGUGGAACCACAGCACUGAUAAGCGGGGUCUGCAGGAUGAGGUACUCCAGGCUGCCUGGGACGCUGCCUCCACAGCCAUCACCUUCGUCUUCCACCAGCGAUCCCAUGAAGAGCAGCGGGGGCUUCGCUGAUAACCAGCUGAUCUAGGUGUAGC